AUGAAAAAAGUGGGAGUUGUGCUGUUCGUCCUUUUUAUCAAAGAAAUAAUCUCGUUGAAAAUAUGUUCGAGGAAAAAAUACCCUAACGUGGAAAACGGGGUGUACCAGCUGGACAAUCGAGGGAGGCCGAUCAAAAUUGUGGAUGUGAAUUACCACCAUGUGUGGGAACUACCAAAGGGGGGAAGUGUUAAUUCUUACACAGUUGUUAAAAAGAAUGGAAAGGUUAAAAAGUUUAGCGAAGGAACAAACAUAAUUUAUGGAACUACAAAGAAGGUCAACUGGGGACGGGGCAGUGAAGAGGAAGAAGAAGAGGAGGAGGUUGAUGAUGAAAAUAAAAUAAAAAAAGAAAUUGCAAAGAGGAAAAAAUUGAACAAUAUAAAAAAUGUGUCUAAUGUAGCUAAAAAUGAAAAAGAUGUGGAACAAAAAGAAAGAGAAAAAAAAAAACUGCAGGUGCCUCGUGCUAUGCAUAUAACAGCGGAAGAUGUCCCGGAGGAAAAACAGGCGAACGAAGAAGAGGGAUAUGGCAGUAUAGCAAAAGAAUUAGGAGCUAAGAUAAAGGAAAAUUUGGAGAGCCACUACGAGGAAAGCAAAGCCCCAUCUUCCUUGAGUGCCGAUUUGUUAGAUGUUAAAAUUCCCACAAGUUUGGAAAAAUUGUUGAUGGACGAUUUGGAAGAGGGGAAAUGGCUCUCUAAAAAGCCCGUUAACGAUAAAAUAUGUUUGCGGGACUACUCCAAACAAUGUCCUUCUCUAUGGGAGAAAGUAUCCGAAACGCAGUGCAUCUCGCCCAAGGACUACGCGGGGCCCUGCUCGCACCUGAUGACUUUUGAACCCAUGAGCGCAAAGGAGAAAAGUCUCAUAGGAACGGACUGUAAAGUGAAUUGGCUGUGCCUUAAUGAGUUGUGCGGGAAUAGCGGAAGGGAUUACUCAAAGGACUGUCCAGAAAAUUGGACUUACACGGGAAAAUGCGAGGCACCAGAAAACUAUUCCGGAGGAUGCAACAAGACAAUGGAUUUUGGGGCCUUCACAAAAAAGGAGAAGGAGGAGUUUUCUUCCGCUUGUAAAGUGGUGUGGCCUUGCAAAGAGGAAUCAUGCGAGAGGGAUUACUCAAUAACAUGUCCUAAAGGUUGGCCCUACAAUGCGAGCAAGGAUACCUGUUGCAGUAGCCACGGUUUCGAAGGGCUGGUUUCGAAGGAGGAAAUGGAAGCCAUAAGCAACAUGUCUUACCACCAAAGAGUAGCCUUUUCCACGAAGUACGGAAUCGUCUGGCCAUGCAAGAACAACUGCACCCUUGGCUACGACCUAUAUGACUGCCCCCGAGGAUGGAUCAACUUGAUGAAUUCAGGAGUUUGUAAAGCCCCAGAUGAUUACAUCCCCCCAAGGGGCUGUCCUCGUAUAACCCAUUUUGACUAUAUGAGCAUAAAUGAAAAGGAGGCAUUUAGCAGGAAGUGCCAUGUUAAGUGGCUAUGCGUUGAAAAUUCACAAAGAGAUUAUUCCAAAUGUCCCAAAUAUUUUGACUACGGAGAGGAGGGAAAUGAUAAAGGGUUGUGUAUUCCAAAUGAGAAAUAUAAAGGGCCAUGUAAAGAUGCCCAAGAUAUACUCUCGUUAAGUCUGGAGCAAAAAUAUAACUUCGAAGAAACUUGUGAAGCUCAGUUUCGUAAUAUGAGGAGCGAAGAUAUUCCUCAAGCGAAUGAGGAUGUUAUCGACCCCACUACGAUGGAAAAACUACUAAAGGGAGCAGACACCACAGAUAAGGGAAUUACCUUGGAGUAG